AUUAAAAAAACCUUUGAAGAAAACUCUACUGGUAUUACCGGCGGCGGCUGUCAAAACUCUUCCCUAAAACUUUACUUGUAUUGCCGGCGGCGUUACGUCCGGUUGAAAAUCUUCAAGAAAACAAAAAUGGCGGAACUUGCUGUCAAAAUAGAGAUACCCCAGAAAGCUGAAGAUGAGAAAGAAGAAGAAUUGGAGGAAUUGGAAGAGGAAGAUGAAGAGGGAGAGUUAUCAUGGUCUUCCGACUCUGAAAUUGGUGAAGCUUUGGAUUAUUUGGACACAAAAGAUAACUCUGAAUCGAAUGUUGGUGCUUUUAGUCUCCAAACAAGGCGCCCAAAUGCUCAUGGAGGACUUCAUACUAGACCCAAUUCUUCUGCUUUACAACCCCUUUCUAAUCGUACCCAGAAAUUUGCUAAUCAUAUCAGAGCUUCACCAUUAGAGGAAUGGGAAGGGAGGAUCAAAGUUGGCAUGUCAAAUUCUGUGACUACUGCAAUUCGUGGAAGUGUCCGGGAUAUGGCUAUUGGUAAAACUAAAACGACUGAGAAAGCAGACCGCGCCACUGUUGAACAGGCAAUUGAUCCAAGAACACGAAUGGUUUUAUUUAAAAUGCUCAAUCGCGGUGUCUUUCAUGAUAUUAAUGGCUGUAUUUCAACUGGGAAAGAGGCCAAUGUUUAUCAUGCAACAAAAGCCGAUGGUCAGGAACUGGCGAUCAAAGUAUACAAAACUUCAGUUCUUGUAUUCAAGGAUAGAGAUCGCUACGUACAGGGUGACUAUCGCUUCAGACAUGGAUACUGCAAGCACAAUCCACGGAAAAUGGUUAAAACAUGGGCUGAGAAGGAAAUGAGGAAUCUAAUGAGGCUAAGGGCAGCUGGAAUCAGGUGCCCAGCUCCAAUUCUCUUGAGACUUCAUGUUCUUGUUAUGGAAUUCAUAGGGAAAGGAGGCUGGGCAGCUCCUCGACUAAAGGAUGCUGCUUUAUCUAGUGACAAGUUACGUGAAUGUUAUGUGGAGAUCAUUAUGGCAAUGAGAACUCUAUAUCAGAAAUGCAAGCUAGUGCAUGGUGACUUGAGCGAGUAUAACAUCCUAUAUUUCGAGGGUCACCUGUAUGUUAUUGAUGUUUCACAAUCAGUUGAUCUUGACCAUCCUCAUGCGCUUGAUUUCCUCCGAGAGGAUUGUGUACAUGUUUCUGACUUCUUUAAAAAACAUGGUGUGGCUGUUAUGACAAUCCGGGAGUUGUUUGAUUUUAUAGUUGAUCCAACUAUUGAUGAUGAUUCAGUGGAUAGCUAUUUGGAGAAGGUUCAAGAGAGAAUUUUGGCUAGAGGUGACAUGACUGCAGAAGAAGAAAUUGCCGACUCUGUAUUUAUUCAGUCAUUUAUUCCCAAGACACUUGAUCAUGUGAAAGACGCUGAAGCAGAUGUUCAACGCAUUAUUAGUGGCGAGGAUACAGGAGACAUGUACUACAAAACUAUUACAGGUCUGAAGCAGGCUCUCUCUGGGACAAACCCUUCAGCAGAAGAUCAGCAGCACCAACAAAUUGACGAACGGGGACAAGAGACCACUGCUGCAGCUGAAACCAACAAACCAUAUGAUGGUGAAUCAGAGACAGAGACCGAGUCAGAUGAUGAUGACGAUGACGAUGGAAGUGAUUGUAGUGAAGGCUCAUCAUCUGAUGGCGAGAAACCAACAGCUGCUGAUAAGAAAGCAGCUAGAAAAGAGAACAAGAAGAAAGUUAAAGAAGAGAAAAGAGAAUCGCGGAAACAUAAAAUACCAAAAGCUGUGAAGAAGAAGAAGAAAAAGUUGGCCAAGGCCAAGAAGUACCGGUAAUCGAUUAUCUGCAGUAUAAAGGAAAGUUUUGUUUGAGGUUUAAAUUGUGUAGAAAGGAUCUUAAAGUUAAUAGGUUUUUUAGUUAAAAUUCUGCAAAACAGAGUGAAGGGUGCUGCAAAGACAAACAGUUUUCGCAUAAAUUUACAACUUUCAACAAUUUUGGUCAAUCAGAGUAACUUUGUUUUCCAUGUAUUUCUAACAAACAAGGCAGAUUUCCCACUUCAUUGUACCAUGUUUUUCCA